CGACCACGUGACAAGGAAACAGGAUCGGUGCAUGUCGCUCAAAACAGCAGCUUCCGUGGUGUUCGUUUUCUCUUCGACCGUGGUGGAACGGCUUUCUGAGCACGAAAUAUAAACUUCACGUAAUAGCGACAGUUUCGUACUCCGUGCUCUCAUCAACUUCGCGUUCCUGGCGCGGACGUUUUAAAUUUGGAACCCAUUUGUUAUGGUAGUGCACCAGCAUGUCGCGCUGUCUUUCCCUGUCGACUUGCAUUUGACUGAUCUGAAGAAACAUCCUGCUGUACUUCUGUGAUGGUGCUUUUGGUUCCCAGAUGGUUAUUUGAUCCGUUUAACCAAGUCUCGUUUGGAAUUGUCGAUCCUGAACUCUUCUGGUUGACACUAAUUGAGUCGUGAACUGGCCCUCGCAGCUGUGCAUAAUGUGCGCAGACUUUUUCUGCUCCACUACUUUGACGCGUACUUAAUCGCUACCUUGAAUUCUUUAUCUCCGUUUGGAAUGUUUUGACUGAAGCUUAUCUCUUACACAGACUUAUCAUGCCGUAGACCCGUUGUUACAAAUCAGCAAUCGGAUUGGUUCCCGUCCAGAUUUAUUAUUUGGCUCUUUAUUAGCUAAUUGUACUGGUGUACAGCAGUACGAGUGAUUAGCGAGAUCUGAAGGCUACCGAACCAUAACCACAAUUAUGACGGACUUAUCAUGGUCCAUAAAUCUAGAAGAAACUGCCUCGAUAGGUAGCAUUGCCAGGAAAGUCAUGAGCUACGGAACGACAACAAGGAAUUACGACGGAAAUGAAAUGUACAUUACACACCCUAUUUGCUCAACGGAUACUUUGCAAGGGAUUGCGCUUAAAUAUGGAGUUACGAUGGAACACUUGAGGCGCGUUAAUCGAUUAUGGGCUUCCGAUUCUAUGCAUCUUCGCAAAUUCCUCUUGAUCCCCAUCCCGGCGCCACUGGAUAGCACGGUGACGAGGAGCCGGUCAGAGAGCAAUGGAAUUGGCAACGGUGUCGUUGGAACUCCUGAUUCUCAGGGCUUUCGCAAUUCGAAUUAUCCCGCUGGUUCACGAGAAAAUCCGCUGAGCAGAUCCGAAGCACUGGCACUGCUGAAAACCUACGAAACGGACGCAGCCAAAGACCAGCGUCCGGGCACACCGGAAAGUUCUUCCAGUUCCGAAAUCAACGGCACCGCUUCCGUUCCUCCCGAUAAAUCCUUAUCUCCGUCAGACUUUUUCAGCAGACUAGACCAGAAUAUCGCUACCUGUAGGAAAAGUACAGAACAAACGGCAGUGAGCUGGAGUGCGCGGUCGUACUCAGUGGAAGACGGCGACAAAAGACAGAACGGCAUAAAAGCAUCCAGCAAUGGCGUUACUCGAUCGCCUUCCUGGGGACGCGUGGUGCGCGCGAGAAAGCCCAAUCCGGAAUUACAGCUGGAGGGUGUUGAUAACAUGGUUUUUGAGCUAUAAAGAAGGUGGUGAUACUGCUCUCUCCCAAAGAUUCUAUUAUUGGAAUUUAGAGUUAUAGUAGUAAUACAGGUUUUCCCAUGACGCCGGUUGCGAGAUUUUAAAUAAUUUCGUGUGUAUUUCGCACAGGUGAAUCAUGCGAAAACUUUGCAUCGUUUGAGCUUUUGUAGUAUACGCGCUAUGAUUGGCCGUGAAUGUGUUGAGAUUUGGGAUGUUUUGGCUACUUGUAACAUUAAUAUGAUCUCAGAUCUGAGUGUCCGGUGUUCGGAUAUGAUGCCAGUGCGAAUAUGCGAAUUAAGUAAACUGCGCAAAGUUUAGAUCGGCAGUCAGCUGUGCAUUAGGGA